AUAAUCAAUGUGUUUUUUAUCUGGUAUCAACGUUUAUGUGACUGGUCACAGCUAGGGGAGAGGAUGUGUGAUUGACUAAGGAGAGACACAUACGAAAUCCGGUCAACUCCGCGUUUGGUAUCCUGAGUGUACACUAGACCACUGUAGCUGAUACCGGGAAACAUGAAAGUUGUGCGGGACGUCAACACUGACGAGAUUGUUUCAGCAACAUUGGACAAGGCUAAAACACGUUUACACAUCUACAGACAAUGUCAGUUACAGGGUAUCGUGGCAGUCCCGGAGUUGGUGCUGGAUAUGUGUGUUGGACACCAUGAACUAAAUGAUUCAAAGAAUGCUGGUUGGGUGUUAUACAUCUUAACUAAGUGUCACCUUUAUGCUGUGUUUGAAAGUCAAGUUUUAACCAACAAAGCAAGCAAAAGCGUACCACAAACCGAAACAAGAAGAGGAAAUCAGGAAAUUUUCAGCGAACUUCUUGGCAAAGAUUCCAUCUUUGGGGCAAAGGAGUUUGACCCUGUAUCCCAGCCAGUUUACCAGGCCACUGGGGAUCAUUCACUAAUCGAAGUGGGACAGGAAGUAGUCGGUCUAGCUGUUGGAUGUGGAAUAGUUACCAUAGCAUCAUGUUGUCAGGAUCAUUACUUAAUACAAUUAUAUCCACUGGGUGAAUUGCAUGCAGAGAAUCACAAAACCCCUCUACAGACCUAUGUUAUACUUAGACACCUGCCAGUCUCAUGUAGUGAUCUGACGUCCAACCAUCAAUACUUUACACAUUCUGGAGACGGACAAGAGUUCCCUCCCCUUCACAGCUCUGAGGACAUGUCUGUAUCCUUACAUUUAGUUAUGUCCAGUGAUGGCAACCCUGACCAACAAAACUUCUCAUCUAUUCUGGACAUCUCAAAUGACUUUUUCCAGGCUUUGUGUGGUUUUGAGUUGUCAUUGCUGAACUCCCCUUUGCUGUUGAUAUGUCCACCAGAGGGCUCUAUAUACUAUGCACCAAUCAAAUCUCUUGACACAACAAAUAGAAAUGUAAAACUUUUCUGCCACACUCACUAUGCAGUUGUUGGAGUAGGGAAGAUAGAUUUAAAAGUGACAGAUACCAGUGAGCCACCAGGUUUAGAGGUUGGCAUCCAGGACAGACAUACUGGAUUGAUUGUGACAUCACAGGAUGGUAGAGCACUGCUAGCUACUUCCUCCCUGGGGAAACCCCAGAAGCUGGAAUUUAUUGAGUUUGCCUUACCAGGCCCAGUACAGGAUGUUGAUACGCAUGGCAGUAAGAUGUACCAUUCAACAGGGAUGGAUGUGUUUGAGACCCUACUUGAGACUAGUCCAGAGCCAACAGGAUUGUCUUCCCACACUGAAGGGCUGAUGUAUGCCGGGGUCCAGGAGCUGGCCUGUCUCCAUAACUAUAACCAUACCCAAGGUGGUGCCUGUGACUUGAUGCUUGUGACCCCUGGACUCUCACUCAAGGUAAUAAAUCCUGCACUAAGACGACAACGAGGGCGACUGGCACGGGGUACUGGUCAGACCAUCCGAGACCUGCUCCAUAGCAUCAAUAUGUGUAGCCAAGAAACUGAAGCUCUGACACAGCAACAGUCUCACCAGACAGGAAUGUUAGCUCAACUCAACAUGGCUGCCUUUCUGUCCACACAGGACCCACACAGCCCAGACUUUCCACUCCAUUUCUCUUACUCCGUCGCUCAUGUAUGCACUCGUUUACAACAGAGCAAUGAGUGGGUGUUUUCCUGUCACAUGACUAACAUGAGUGAGAUGCAUUUGUCUAGUGAUUGGAUGGUUACAGUAAUUUUGAGUGAUGACAAACAAGAGUUUAUGCACUCGUCUUUCCCUAUUCCUCAUGAGCUGGGACUAGGGGCAGGAGUGGAGUUCAGAAUGGUGCCACCAGCUUCACAUCACUCCCUACUGAGGCCAGUGGAGGUGAAAACUAGUCUGCUGCUCCAGUCCACAAACAAUACCCGGAGCCUGCCUGUUAUGAGUGUACUGGUCAGUACAACUACCCUGGACAUCUUGUAUGGCCUGGUCACUCCAGAGGAUGUGACCACUGUGACCUCACGCACCCAAGAGGUUAGUAUGACACAGCUGGUGAGAGAGAUGGCAGCGACCCGACCAAUAUUCCAGUGUGUGGAAUCCCUCCCUACUCCCACACCAGCAACUAUCAAGAUCCAUGUUCCAAACAAUGUCCUGGAGUCUGACCAACUGUCUGUGUACUGCAAAGAAACCUGUCCUCUGCUGAGUUAUCUACUCCACUCCAGCUCAGUGAGCCCUCGGAACGGCUCUGUCUCCAUGGUGACAGUGGGAGGACAGAAGCUUGAGCUAACCAUUGAGGGUGAAACACUGACCAUACAAAGUGAUAGAGCAGUUGUGGCAAUAGCAGCCAGACAUGCUAUCCUCAACAGACUGAGAGAUUGUGUCAGUCGAGGUACUCGGCCCCUUCAUCAUAAUGACAGGCCAGCGCAACAACAGUUUAACAGCGUACAACUCCUAGAGAACAGGUUAUCAGAUCUACAUUCAUGGAGUUCCACAACAGAUAUAUACAAAAACAGGAAUCAAGUAUUAGACAUGUACACAAAUCUCCGUUCCACGCCUGCAAUUGAGAAAUAUCGACCUGAUGCUCAAUAGAAGUGAUUGGAGAGACAGACUAGUUAUCUAAUUCUAAUAAAAAAUGUAA